AUGAAGCAGUACCCGCCUACCUCCAUGGCCCCAAAGGCAGUUGCAAAGCCUAAAAGCAAGAUUUCAGCCUCCCGCAGGCUAUCACUGAAGAUCCUCUUGCUGACUCGUGCAACAGAAGCGCUAGAGGAAGAGAAGAUUGCACGAGAGGAAGAGAAGGUCCGCUACCUGGGAGAGAAGCUUCCACCGCUGCAGUUCAUGGGUUUAAACAUGAAUGACCUGCAGACACUCUGUAAGCAGAUUCAUGAAAACAUAGAUAAGGUGGAUGAGGAGCGGUACGACUGUGAGGCCAAAGUCUACAAGAACAACAGAGAUAUCAACGAAUUGAAUCUAAAGAUUCAGGACCUCGGAGGGAAGUUCAAGAAGCCAGCUCUGAGGAAGGUGAGAGUGUCAGCAGAUGAGAUGCUGAAAGCUCUGUUUGGAUCCAAAAACAAGGGCUCCAUGGACCUAAGAGCAAACCUCAAAUCUGUAAAGAAAGAGGACAUCAAACAAGAGAAGGAGCUGACCAUGGAGGUGGGUGACUGGCGUAAGAACGUGGAGGCCAUGUCUGGUAUGGAGGGCAGGAAGAAGAUGUUUGAUGCAUAA